CCCGCGUUUAUCCCUUCCGUAUACCUACAAGGACAGCCUGGACGUGGGUUUGGACCACGCUGGAUGCCCGGAGUUCGAUUCAUUCGAUCGUAUGGAUCUAUCACCAGUAGAUCAGUCGAGCGGGUCACCCGCGACAGCGUCUGCGAAAACAUGCCCUGGCCAAGAGAAGCUCGACUCCACGUCACCUGCCGUACUUCAGCCUUCCGAAGAUGAGUUCAAACGAGAGCCAGGUGGGGAUGGGAAUACCAUGGGUCGCCGGGUCAGCAUCAAGCUAAAUCUGAGCCCGCAAGAUAAGAAAAAGAUCGGUCGUCUGGGCAUCAAACACGAAGAAGUGGCAGCAAUUCUAGUGGGAAUAAAGGAACGGAAAGACCAGGAAGCUGCGAAGGUGGGGCUUGAGAAUUUACAAAGCUUCCCCGGCAAAUUCAAGGAAGAAUUAAACUCGUAUGAUGAGAAGGGAUCUUUGCAAGUCAAGGAAGAAAUAGACUCGGACGAUGAGAAGGGAUCAUGGCAAGUUAAGGGAAAAUUAGACUCGGACGAUGAGAAGGGAUUCUUGCAAGUCAAAGAAGAAUACAAGGGAGAUGUCGAUUCAUCCAGAACGAGUUGGAGCGAUCAACGCGGAGUGGCACCACGAAACGUUGCAUCUUCCUUGAGUCCAUAUUGCCAGGUGUUGACGAGUCCGAGUUGGGAGACUUCCGAAGCAUAUCAUCGGUAAGCAUGUGUCCUCACUCAGUUUGGAGAAGAUUGUACUAACAAGCAACACAGAGCGCGUGGCCCGAUGCU